AUGGAGGAGACACUACGGCUGCAGUUUGGUACGGCUGCAACAACAAUUGGUACGCAAUGGUUAGCAUUGCAAGAGUCCAAUGGAGUUAGAAAGAUGCCGCACGUGUUGUCAUUUGAGGCCAAAGGUCGUGUCCAAAGACCAAAUCGAGCAGCUUCGAAGCAGCGAGAAGGCCAUACGACGUGGGAUGAAGGUGUACAAGUUUAUAACCAAUCGGGAGCUGAGCCAAUAGUUAAUGAUGGACUCUGGAGCUGGGGAAGACUUGAGGAGCAUAACCUCGUGGAAGUGGAUGAAUUUCGUCAACACAUGCUUUUGCAUAAUUUCUAUGAAGGUCAUGCAGUUUCUAAUGGAGGAAAUAUUGGCAACGCAACGUUAGAAAAGGCAGAAGAUCGUGUGCGGACGGUGUUGGAGGCUUGUGACCAGUUGAAAAUGGUGCAGGGUCUUGUAGAUAUGAACUCAUCGUGGGGAGGUCUGGCUCAUGAGAUCAUGACGUACGUUGCAGAAGAGUGUCCGGGUGUAUUGACUGUGAUUGUGGGCAACGAUUGGAGCUAUCCGAUGGUCACUGACGACAAUGAUUCACUCUUUCGAGCUGCACCGAUUGUGCGAGACCGAACGAAGGUUGAGGCGAGAAAGCGCGUGAACGUGGCAUCGUCUAUGGCAUUGAUGUCUGAAGUAUCACAUCUGAUGGUACCUGUAGCAAUGACGUCAAGUUCCUUGCCAAGUACAAGAUUUACGCAGCUCAGUUUCGACCGAUCGAGCUGUGCUGACGUUGGAACUAUUGUCGCUACGGCAUUGGAGCAGUCGAUAUCAAUCCACCGAGGCCGAUCUGUGUAUGAGAUAAUGGAAGGGUUUCACCCCAGCAUGAAAGUUGUAGAGGUGUGUGCAUCGUUCCCGCACACGACUGAUCCAACAACACUGCUUCAGAGUAUCAGUGAUGACGUCACCAAUGAAGUGCGUUGCAACGAAUCGAUGAAAGAAGAUCCGUUUGAUAGCUGUUCACUCCUUCCUUCCAUUCAACAGCGUUCUGGACAUCCAGUGCACGAAGACAACACCAACAAGACGUACUACCGACGUCUCCACUUCCGCGGCGCAUUUACGGGCUAUCCGUCUCUACGCUCCACCGUCGACACUUAUCGUAUUUCAACCCGCGACAUUGCAUUACAUUGGUCCGACACUUCACCUCUCACGCUGCCGUCAACAUAUCGUCUCGAGAUGAUGCAAAACUCGUCUGUCGAUGCGAUUUCUCAACUCGUACUUUCCAGUCGAACAGGAAUCUGGAUGCGUACAAUUGCCCAACUUGCAGCCAAGAGUGACAAGCGUACGUUGUUUGAGUUUACACGUGCUGGAAUGAAUCCUGAUGCUCUCAAAGAAUUAGAAGCGACAUUAGCAGGGAUGGGCGAUGCGUACUUUACUUAA